AUGGCAGCCGGCUGGCACGCCGUGUUCUUCCCUUUCCCAGCGCAGGGCCACGUCGCGCCUGCGCUGCGCCUCGCCAAGCUCCUCCACGUCCUGGGCGGCGUCCGCAUCACCUUCGUCCACACCGAACGCAACCUCCGCCGCCUCAUCCGCUCGGGGGGCCCUGCCACGGUCGCCGGCGCCCCAGGGUUCCGUUUCGUCACUGUUCCCGACGGCCUGCCGCCGCCGCUUUCCGACGAGGACGAGGACGACCACUCUCCACAGCACAUCGCCGCCCUGCUCUUGUCUUUGGAGGCCUCGGUCCCGCGCCUCAGGAACCACCUCGACGAUGCCGCCACCGACGGUGAGCAACUGAGCAAUGGCUACCUCACCAACACGGAGAUUGACUGGAUGCCAGGGAUGCCCGAAAACAUGCGCCUGCGAGACAUGCCAAGCUUCAUACGUACGACGGACCCCGACGACGCCGUGCUGCGCGCCGUCGUUAGCACCAUGGACAGCUACCAUCCUGCUGUGCUGUCUGCCGUUAUCCUCAACACGUUCGACGAGCUCGAGGGCAAGGUCGUCGCCGCCAUGUCGGACGUCCUCGUUCCUCACAUAUACACCGUCGGGCCCCUUCCACUGCUGAGCGAGAGCGCCAGCGCCGGCGGCAGUGGUGGCGCCGCCAGCCUCUUAAAGGAGGACAAGGGCUGCCUAGAAUGGCUUGGAAGCAAGCGGCCUGGCUCCGUGGUGUACGCCAACUUCGGCAGCAUAGCCGUCUUGACGAGCCAGCAGCUGGUGGAAUUCGCGUGGGGUUUAGCCAACAGCGGCUACGACUUCUUGGCGGUGAUCAGGAAUGACCAAGCCAAGAAGAGCACUGCGGCGGCGCUGCCACCGGAGUUCGUCACCCGGGGCAGGGGGGAGACGACAAAGGAGAGACGAGGCUACGUUGCGAGCUGGUGUCCCCAAGGGGAGGUGCUCCGGCACGAGGCCGUCGGCAUGUUCCUGACCCACUGCGGGUGGAACUCUAUGCUCGAGAGCAUUGCGUCCGGCGUGCCCAUGCUGUGCUGGCCCGUCGGCGGUGAUCAGCAGACAAACUGCAGGUUCGCCUGCACCGAGUGGGGUGUAGGCAUGGAGCUUGCCGGCGACGGCGCAGUGCUGAGAGACCAGGUGGAGGCGCAGGUGAAGGAGGUCAUGGGAGGCGAGAGAGGAAGGGAGAUGAGGCGACGAGCUGCCGAAUGGAAGGUGAGUGCAGCUGCGGCAGCACUGCCAUUGCCAGAUUGUGGUGGGACUUCUUGGGUCAACUUUAACAAAUUGGUCAACCAAGUGUUCAGCCCACGUAAGGACGCCCAUUGGCAAAACUAG